AUGGAUCACCACCAGGCGGGGACGGGCCGCUACCAGGUGCUUCCCAAUGAAGAGGAUAAUUCAGAAUCAUCUGGUGUAGAGCAGCCAUCUGCUUCAAACCCAGCACCACACAGCGUGCAGGCCGCUCCUUCAGCAUCUGGACAUGAGACUGACUCGUCUCCUCCCCCUUGCAGUAGUAUUACCGUGGAAGUACCUACAACUUCAGAUAGAGAAGUUUACAGUGAGUUUUAUCCUGUGCCGCCUCCUUACAGUGUUGCUGCCUCUCUUCCCACGUGCGAUGAAGCUGAGAAGGCCAAAGCUGCUGCGAUGGCAGCUGCAGCAGCAGAAACAUCUCAAAGAAUUCAAGAGGAAGAGUGUCCACCAAGAGAUGACUUCAAUGAUGCAGACCAGCUCAGAGUGGGUAAUGAUGGGAUUUUCAUGCUGGCAUUUUUCAUGGCAUUUAUCUUCAACUGGCUUGGAUUUCGCUUAUCCUUCUGCAUCACCAACACCAUCGCUGGGAGGUACGGUGCCAUCUGUGGCUUCGGCCUGUCGUUGAUCAAAUGGAUCCUCAUUGUCAGGUUUUCUGAUUAUUUUACUGGAUAUUUCAAUGGACAAUACUGGCUUUGGUGGAUAUUUCUUGUACUUGGCCUGCUUCUUUUCUUCAGAGGAUUUGUUAAUUAUCUGAAAGUCAGAAACAUGUCUGAAAGUAUGGCAGCUGCUCAUAGAACAAGGUAUUUCUUCUUAUUAUAG